AUGCCCUUAUUACCUCAGCUCCACCCAUGCCCUUACUACCUCAGCUCCACCCAUGCCCUUACUACCUCAGCUCCACCCAUGCCCUUACUACCUCAGCUCCACCCAUGCCCUUACUACCUCAGCUCCACCCAUGCCCUUACUACCUCAGCUCCACCCAUGCCCUUACUACCUCAGCUCCACCCAUGCCCUUACUACCUCAGCUCCACCCAUGCCCUUACUACCUCAGCUCCACCCAUGCCCUUACUACCUCAGCUCCACCCAUGCCCUUACUACCUCAGCUCCACCCAUGCCCCUACUACCUCAGCUCCACCCACGCCCUUACUACCUCAGCUCCACCCAUGCCCUUACUACCUCAGCUCCACCCAUGCCCUUACUACCUCAGCUCCAACCAUGCCCUUACUACCUCAGCUCCACCCAUGCCCUUACUACCUCAGCUCCACCCAUGCCCUUACUACCUUAGCUCCACCCAUGCCCUUACUACCUCAGCUCCACCCAUGCCCUUACCACCUCAGCUCCACCCAUGCCCUUACUAUUUCAGCUCCACCCAUGUCCUUACUACCUCAGCUCCACCCAUGCCCUUACUACCUCAGCUCCACCCAUGUCCUUACUACCUCAGCUCCACCCAUGCCCUUACUAUUUCAGCUCCACCCAUGCCCUUACUACCUCAGCUCCACCCAUGCCCUUACUAUUUCAGCUCCACCCAUGCCCUUACUACCUCAGCUCCACCCAUGCCCUUACUAUUUCAGCUCCACCCAUGUCCUUACUACCUCAGCUCCACCCAUGCCCUUACUACCUCAGCUCCACCCAUGUCCUUACUACUUCAGCUCCACCCAUGCCCUUACUAUUUCAGCUCCACCCAUGUCCUUACUACCUCAGCUCCACCCAUGCCCUUACUAUUUCAGCUCCACCCAUGCCCUUACUACCUCAGCUCCACCCAUGUCCUUACUACCUCAGCUCCAUCCAUGCCCUUACUACCUCAGCUCCAUCCAUGCCCUUACUAUUUCAGCUUCACCCAUGUCCUUACUACCUCAGCUCUACCCAUGCCCUUACUAUCUCAGCUCCAUCCAUGCCCUUACAAUUUCAGCACCACCCAUGCCCUUACUACCUCAGCUCCAUCCAUGCCCUUGCUAUUUCAGCUCCACCCAUGCCCUCACUACCUCAGCUCCACCCAUGUCCUUACUACCUCAGCUCCACCCAUGCCCUUACUAUCUUGGCUCCACCCAUGCACUUGUCACUCCAGCUCCAUCUAUGCCCUUACUACCCCAGAUCCACCCAUGCCCUUACUACCUCAGCUCCACCCAUGCCCUUACUACCUCAGCUCCACCCAUGCCCUUACUACCUCAGCUCCACCCAUGCCCUUACUACCUCAGCUCCACCCAUGCCCUUACUAUUUCAGCUCCACCCAUGUCCUUACUACCCCAGAUCCACCCAUGCCCUUACUACCUCAGCUCCACCCAUGUCCUUACUAUUUCAGCUCCACCCAUGUCCUUACUACCUCCGCUCCACCCAUGCCCUUACUAUCUCAGCUGCACCCAUGCCCUUACUACCUCAGCUCCACCCAUGUUCGUACUAUCUCAGCUCCACCCAUGCCCUUACUAUCUCAGCUGCACCCAUGCCCUUACUACCUUAGCUCCACCCAUGCCCUUACUAACUCAGCUCCACCCAUCCCCUUACUAUCUCAGCUCCACCCAUGCCCUUACUAUCUCAGCUCCACCCAUGCCCUUACUAUCUCAGCUCCACCCAUGCCCUUACUAUCUCAGCUCCACCCACGACCUUACUACCUCAGCUCCACCUAUGCCCUUACUACCUCAGCUCCACCCAUGCCCUUACUACCUCAGCUCCACCCAUGCCCUUACUACCUCAGUUCCACCUAUGCCCUUACUACCUCAGCUCCACCCAUGCCCUUACUACCUCAGCUCCACCCAUGCCCUUACUACCUCAGCUCCACCUAUGCCCUUACUAUCUCAGCUCCACUCAUGUCCUUACUACCUUAGCUCCACCCAUCCCCUUACUAUCUCAGCUCCACCCAUGUCCUUACUACCUCAGCUCCACCCAUCCCCUUACUAUCUCAGCUCCACCCAUGUCCUUACUACCUCAGCUCCACCCAUCCCCUUACUAUCUCAGCUCCACCUAUGCCCUUACUACCUCAGCUCCACACAUGUCCUUACUACCUCAGCUCCACCCAUGCCCUUACUACCUCAGCUCCACCCAUACCCUUCUUUCUUCAGUCCCACCCAUGUCCGUACCCCUCCAGCUCUGCCCAUGUCCUCGCCCUUGCAGUUCCACCCAUGUGCUCACCCAAUGGACAAAGGUUCUCCAACACAUCAGUGCACUUGA